AUGCCAAGCACGUCGAUAUUGGCGGCGCUGACCGCUGGCACAGCUGGAGCUUUAUUCGUUGGCUAUUGCAUCUACUAUGAUCGCAAGCGUCGCGCCGAUCCCGAAUACAAGCGUAAGGUGCGCGAGCGACGACAGCGUGAGGAGGAAUAUUCAAAGCUGCUGCUCCUGAGCGUCGAUGCUGAUGGAGAUGCAAGUUCGUUAAGUGGCGGCGGCGGCAUGCAGCAGCUACUGGAGAACGAUCCGUACAUGGAGUUGUGCUUCCUCAAUGAGAUCAAGCUGGGCGAGCAGCUGGUCAGCCAGGGCCAGGUGAGUGAGGGGCUGAGUCAUCUGUCCAAGGCGAUCAUGAUGUGCGCCCAGCCGACGAUGGUGCUGGAGACGCUGCAGGAAUCGCUGCCGGAGCGCCAGCAGCAGCAGCAGCAGUUCGAACAAGGACGUUAG